AUGGCCGGGGCCAUCGCUUCCCGCAUGAGCUUCAGCUCCCUGAAGAGGAAGCAGCCCAAGACCUUCACCGUGAGGAUGGUCACCAUGGACGCGGAGAUGGAGUUCAACUGCGAGAUGAAGUGGAAGGGAAAGGACCUGUUCGACCUGGUGUGCCGGACCCUGGGCCUGCGGGAGACCUGGUUCUUCGGCCUGCAGUACACCAUCAAGGACACCGUGGCCUGGCUGAAGAUGGACAAGAAGGUUCUGGAUCACGACGUGUCAAAGGAGGAACCCGUCACCUUUCAGUUCCUGGCCAAAUUUUAUCCCGAGAACGCCGAGGAGGAGUUAGUUCAGGAGAUCACCCAACACCUCUUCUUCUUGCAGGUGAAGAAACAGAUUUUAGAGGAGAAGAUCUACUGCCCUCCCGAAGCGUCGGUGCUGCUGGCUUCGUACGCCGUCCAGGCCAAGUACGGCGAUUACGAUCCCUCCGUCCACAAGCGAGGGUUCUUGGCCCAAGAGGAGCUGCUCCCGAAAAGGGUAAUCAACCUGUACCAGAUGACCCCAGAGAUGUGGGAGGAGAGAAUAACUGCCUGGUACGCAGAACAUCGAGGCAGAGCAAGAGACGAAGCCGAGAUGGAGUAUCUGAAGAUAGCCCAGGACCUGGAGAUGUACGGCGUGAAUUACUUCGCGAUCCGGAAUAAGAAGGGCACGGAGCUGCUCCUUGGGGUGGAUGCUCUGGGACUCCACAUCUACGACCCCGAGAACCGACUGACCCCCAAAAUCUCCUUCCCUUGGAAUGAGAUCCGGAACAUCUCUUACAGCGACAAGGAGUUCACCAUCAAGCCGCUGGACAAAAAGAUCGACGUCUUCAAAUUUAACUCCUCCAAACUCCGGGUGAAUAAGCUGAUUCUGCAGCUGUGCAUCGGGAACCACGACCUCUUCAUGAGGCGGAGGAAGGCGGACUCGCUGGAAGUCCAGCAGAUGAAAGCCCAGGCCAGGGAGGAGAAGGCCAGGAAGCAGAUGGAGAGGCAGCGCCUGGCCCGCGAGAAGCAAAUGCGAGAGGAGGCUGAGCGAACCCGGGAUGAGCUGGAGAGGAGGCUCUUGCAGUUGAAGGAGGAGGCCACGAUGGCCAACGAAGCCCUGAUGAGGUCCGAGGAGACCGCUGACCUGCUGGCGGAGAAGGCUCAGAUCACGGAGGAAGAGGCCAAGCUGCUGGCCCAGAAAGCGGCCGAGGCGGAGCAGGAGAUGCAGCGAGUCAAGGCCACGGCCAUUCGGACGGAGGAGGAGAAGAGGCUGAUGGAGCAGAAGGUGCUGGAGGCGGAGAUGCUGGCCCUGAAAAUGGCCGAGGAGUCGGAGAGGAGAGCCAAGGAGGCAGAUCAGCUGAAGCAGGACCUCCAGGAGGCCCGAGAGUCUGAGCGCCGAGCCAAGCAGAAGCUCCUGGAGAUCACCAGCAAGUCGUCCUACCCGCAGCCCAUCAACUCGAGCGCGACGACGUUGCCGGCGGACGGGCCCGGCUUCAACCUCAUCAGCGAGAGUCUGUCGUUCGACUUCAAGGACACGGACAUGAAGAGGCUCUCCAUGGAGAUCGAGAAAGAGAAGGUGGAGUACAUGGAGAAGAGCAAACACCUGCAGGAGCAGCUGAACGAGCUGAAGACGGAGAUCGAGGCCCUGAAACUGAAGGAGAGGGAGACCGCCCUGGACAUCCUGCACAACGAGAAUGCCGACCGAGGCAGCAGCAAGCACAACACCAUCAAAAAGCCUCAAGCCCAGGGCCGAAGACCUAUCUGCAUUUGAGCCUGCAAAGUAGGUUAUUCCAAGCUCACACUGCAAAGCACCACAUCCCGAGUGGCCUUCUUUGAAGAGCUGUAAGAGGGGGGAGACCGGCCGCCCAAGGAGCCAACCC